AUGGGGCCCCCGGGCAAUAGGGGAUCAUGGGGCCCCUGUGUCCUUGCCCAAACUCAAAAAAGCCUAUGAAAAAGGUUUAGCAUUGGAUCAUGACAAACCCAAGAUGUUUGCAAUUCAGGAAUGCAGCAAAUGAAUGCAACCAUUUGCCACUAAAACAACCAAUCAGUGGCGGACUGACAACUCAUGGGGCCCCCGGGCAAUAGGGGAUCAUGGGGCCCCUGUGUCUUUGGCCAAACUCAAAAAAGUCUAUGAAAAAGGUACCAGGGGCAUCCCACGGGCCCCCCUACUGACCCCAGGCCCUCGGGCAGUGCCCGAGUUUCCAAAUGGUCAGUCCGGCCCUGCAACC